GAGGCAGAAGGCAACAAGCAAAUUUCUCAUGAGGCAUCCCAUCGCUUGAGAGUCAACAUGUACAAUUUGGGAAGCAGAGUGCUGAGUGCAGUUAUGGAUGUAUUUUCAUAUGGGUCACGUUCAACUGUUCACCUGCUGAGGCUUCUGAUAGCUUCCCAGAAGAUGCGCAAGAGGCUUACACCAGCUGUGCUUCCACACAAAUUUUAUUACACACUACGCAGUCUGCUUGAUUCCAUAAAUGAUGUUGCUAUAAAGCAACUAGCUGUCUCUUACGCCAAGCCAUUAAAACCUCACUUUGAUGCACAUGAACUUUAUUUCCUAAGAUCAAGAAGGCAUAAAACCAGAACUUACAUCUGUUGUCCAAAAGGUGUAUGCAGCUAUGAUAAAAUGUGAAUGGUCCUGU